GCCCCUCCCGUCUCCAUUCGCGCGGUGAACCGCGAGCGCCUGGAGCUGGUCCAGGUAUGGUGUGGGGCGCCGGGAUCCUGGUCCCGGAUCAGUGGGGUCCCUCGCAGCACCCUCGCAAUUAACCCUACCUCCCCACGCCCUCGAGUGACUAGGUUAGUCUCCCUAUAACCCCCGGCGACGAGUCCAGCAGCGCGCCCAUUCUUCACGCAGCGCCGGGAAGGACUGUCGAAGAGUUGGGAAUUCCACUUGCAAGCCAGCACCAAGAGGGCAAAGAUUUUUGCCUGUAUUGUUCCGUGCUGUGUCCCCAGUGCCUAGAAAAGCAUAUGACAAUGUGGCUGGAGGUGGGGGGCCUACUACGGGGGACCUGUGGACAGUGGGGCCGGACUACUGGUCUGCCUUGUGGGGCCCUGGGGCCUGGGCCCCUCUGCUGGGGGCCAUGUGGGGGUCCUUGGAUCCAAAAACUUCACCAGGAUGGGCCUGGCAGGGGCCUGGGUGAGGAGGAUAUUCGCAAGGCACGGGAGGCCCGGAUCAGGAAGACACCCCGGCCCCAGCUGAGUGACCGUUCUCGAGAACGCAAGGUGCCCACCUCCCGCGUCAGCCGCUUGGCCAACUUUGGGGGACUGGCUGUGAGCUUGGGGCUGGGAGCACUAGCUGAGGUGGCCAAGAAGUCCCUGCCCAGAGGACGUGUACAAUCAGAAGGAGGCUCCCGGCCGGGCUCCAGCCUUUUCCUUUCGGAGGCCAAUGCCGAGCGGAUUGUGCAGACCUUGUGUACGGUUCGGGGGGCCGCCCUCAAGGUUGGCCAAAUGCUCAGCAUCCAGGACAACAGCUUCAUCAGCCCCCAGCUGCAGCGCAUCUUCGAGCGGGUUCGCCAGAGCGCUGACUUCAUGCCCCGCUGGCAAAUGCUGAGAGUUCUGGAAGAGGAGCUCGGCAGGGACUGGCAGACCAAGGUGGCCUCUCUGGAGGAGGUGCCCUUUGCCGCUGCCUCCAUCGGGCAGGUGCACCAGGGCGUGCUGAGGGAUGGGACAGAGGUGGCCGUGAAGAUCCAGUACCCAGGCGUCGCCCAGAGCAUCCAGAGCGAUAUCCAGAACCUGCUGGCGGUGCUCAAGAUGAGCGUGGCCGUGCCGGAGGGCCUGUUUGCAGAGCAGAGCCUGCAGGCCUUGCAGCGGGAGCUGGCUUUGGAAUGUGACUACCGUCGUGAGGCGGCUUGUGCCCAGAACUUCAGGCAGCUGUUGGCAGACGAUCCCUUCUUUCGGGUGCCAGCCGUUAUUCAGGAGCUGUGCACGACGCGGGUGCUGGGCAUGGAGCUGGCUGGAGGGCUCCCGCUGGACCAGUGCCAGGGCUUGAGCCAGGACAUCCGGAACCAGAUCUGCUUCCAGCUCCUGAGGCUUUGUCUUCGGGAGCUGUUUGAGUUCCGAUUCAUGCAGACAGACCCCAACUGGGCCAACUUCCUGUAUGAUGCCUCCAGCCACCAGGUGAUCUUGCUGGACUUUGGUGCAAGCCGGGAAUUUGGAACUGAAUUCACAGACCAUUAUAUCGAGGUGGUGAUGGCUGCAGCCAACGGAGAUAGAGACCAGGUCCUGCAGAAAUCACGAGACCUCAAAUUUCUCACAGGCUUUGAGACCAAGGCAUUCUCGGACGCCCACGUGGAGGCCGUGAUGAUCCUGGGGGAGCCCUUCGCCACCCAGGGCCCCUACGACUUUGGAGCGGGUGAUGCUGCCCGCCGUGUGCAGGGCCUCAUCCCCGUGCUGCUGCAGCACCGGCUUCGCCCACCGCCUGAAGAGACCUAUGCCCUGCACAGAAAGCUGGCAGGGGCUUUCCUGGCCUGUGCCCGCCUCCAUGCCCACAUCGCCUGCCGGGACCUCUUCCAGGACACCUACCACCGCUACUGGGCCAGUCGCCAGGCAUAGCCACUGCCCGAAGCCUCCUAACCAGAGGGAUGUCUGCUCCGACCCCUCAGAGACUCCAUCUCGGGAUUCCAGCCCCAUAGCAGGCCAUCCCCUGCUCUGAGGCCUCCUCCCCUCUCUGCUGCAGGUCUGGGGACCCACCUUGGGCUUGGGACUAGGGAACUCCAGCUUCAUAGCCCCGUAUCCUGCUCUCCCCACUCCAAAGGGAGCAUCCAGGAACUCCACCCAGCUAUUAAUUUAUGUCUGUCAACAUGUGAGAGAGCCUUAGGCCCCUCCGCACUGCCAUUGUGGAGAUCAGACUCACCUAGACGGGGAGCCCCUGACCUCUGCGUCAGGUCUCCCCCAGAUGUGGCCGGUGUUUGAACCUUCGGUCCUAAUAAAAGUGGCCCUCCCCU